UUGCACUGACAAUGCGGAGGUGAUGAAGUCAGCGGCCAGCGUUUUGCAGUCCCACCCAGACCCCGCCAUUGCACGCAUUCCUUGGAUCCCUGCGCAGCACAUUGCCUGAGCUUACUGCUGAAGGACAUUGCUGCACAGCCUUGGGCAAUAGUAGUCAUGCAGUGGGUGCACAAGAUAAUCAAGUUCAUGAGAAACAAACAGAAGGCGCUCGCACUGCACCGAGGCACGGAGCAUGCGCUGGACCUCAGGCGACCAGCAUAUACUCGGUUUGGGAUUGCUUUCAUGAUGCUGGAGAGGCUGUGGGCGCAGAGGUUCGUGCUUGAUGAGGUGGUGUCGUCAGAUAAGUGGAGACGUGCACGAUGGACUGGCAACGCACGGACUGAUGAGCCGGAGGUCCGCAGGGUGCGCAAAUCUGAUGCAUGGUGGCAGCAAUUGAAGAGAGUGAUGGACGUGAUGGAGUCGUGUUAUGAUUUCCUUAGGGACAUGGACCGCGAUGGGUCGUCACCGCCAGGUUUGUGGGAUCUGCAAUCAAUCCUCCACAGGGAGAUUAACGCUCUGCAGCUGGACGGCCACCAAAGGGCGUCUGUCACGGAGAUUGUGGCAACAGAGGAGAUCGACGACACAUAUGUCAUCCCCGCAGAUGUGGGCGAGGAUGACUGGGAGGUCACGGAUCAGGUUAACCAUCGCAAGGACGGUCGUAACCGGAUCACGUCUGUAUCGGCAGGCGUUCGUAUGGCACAUGCAAUGUCCCCAUGGCAGGAUGCAGUGUGGAUGCACCGCGAGAUGAUGGAGCAAGCGCAGACGGAUCAGGGCAGAGGGAAGGCGGUUGCAAAAGACCAGCACGAUAUUUUCGACGAUUGGGCGACAUUGGACCCUCACACGAACCUCGACUCGUAUGUCGACGGCAGUUUCCAGGCGGUGACGACCCUCCGGAGCAGGGUGGGAGGCCACGUCAAUGUCGAGGGUCUAUUGGUGACAGACGAUGUAGAGGUGGCAGAGGAGGACAUUGAGCGCCGCCACGACGAUAUCCUUGCGCAUAAUGAUAGCAUGGACGAGAGGGAAGAUCAACCAGUGGAGCACAGGGCACAGCACAGGGAGGGGAUGCAGCAGGUGGUUGAGCAGGUCGCAGGGCGUCCGGGGGUCACGCAGAGUGUUGUGCAGACGGUGGAUCAGAGGGUGGACGUGGUUGAAGAGGAAUCGAUGGGGCAGAGGGUUGAGCAGAGGGUGGUUGACAACACAGACCGUAGAUUGUACGAGAAUGCACACCCAAGGGACAAGGACGACGUUUGACCAAUGGUGGUGCAGACUGCAGAGCAGUGUGUGGGGGAAGGUUUCGCCACAACAGUGGAACAAAGGGCGGACCAAAGG